AUGUAUGAACGACGGAUUGGACCAUCAGCUCUAUCAGCGCCUUAUGUGAGAGAGGAACAAAUAGAAUUCAAGGAAAUUGAUCAGAAUGACCCAAACUCGUUGAACGCACCAAUUCAAGAAGUGAGAAGGGAACAAACAAGUAUAGGAAAUAUGCCGAAGAAAAUCUGGCUUGCGAGGUUUCAAAAUGAAACGUCCAACGAGAGAUAUCAAAAUGAAACGUCCAACAUCCAAUUAAUCGAAAGGAAACAGUCCAAGGGAAACAAAGGUAACAUCAAAAGGGAACAUCCAGAGCGUUCGACUCACACGGUUGAAAAGCGGUUCAAAUGCGAAACAUGUGCGAAGAGGUUCAUUUCGUCAUGGAAUUUACGUGUACAUGUGAGGACUCAUACCGGUGAGAAGCCGUUUUCUUGUCCGGAAUGCACGAGGAAUUUCACCGGGAAAGGGAGUUUGCUUAACCAUAUGAGCAUUCAUACCGGUAAGAAACCAUAUAGUUGUUCGAAAUGUGGGAUGAAUUUCGCCGAUUCAUCGAAUCGGCUUAGGCAUUCGAGGACUCACACCAAUGAAAAACCGUACGCUUGUUCUGUGUGCAAUAAAAAAUUCUCGCAAUCAAAUAAUAUGAAACUUCACAUGAAGAUUCAUGACAAUAAUAGGCUCAGAUUUAGCUGA